AUGUUGAUUUUCUAUAACAUAAGCUAUGUAUAUGAUCAAUUUGGUAAUUUGACACCUGCAUGUUAUGGUCAAAAGGGUAUCUAUCGUACUUUCAUUGCAUUUUGGGCUAUGAUUUUAUAUUCACUCUGUCCAUCUUUAUUGAUGCUUCUAUUUGGUUGUCUAACACUCAACAAUUUGCGUCAACAUCGUAAAGUUAUUCCAAUGGUUCCUCAGAAUAAUCAUACUAUUCGACGUACGGAUACUCAACUCUCACGUAUGUUAGCGUUUCAAGUAUUGGUAAUUGUAAUUUCUACUUUACCAUUUUCUAUAUAUCGACUCUAUGCAUCAUUUACCAUUAGUAUACCUAAGGAUUCUCUACGACUUGCUAAAGAAAAUUUGGCUUAUGAAAUUGCUAGUAUGUUAACACAAUUUGCUCAUUCGACCAGUUUUUAUUUAUAUACACUAACGGGUACUGCUUUUCGAAAAGAAUUUUUCAAGAUUAUUCGACAACAUCGGCAUCAAAAUCGAAUUGGUUUUACUAAGGCUCAAGAUGAAAUACAUCAAAUAUCAAUGAUGCCUACUCAUCGAUAG